UGUCAACCGUCACCGACGAAAGGAAAGAUUAGUUUUAUUUUAUUUUUUUGUUUUCGUUUCUAGAUUGAUAUUCUAGUUUUUAACUUAAAUUGAAUAAGAUGGACAAUUCUCUAACAAAUUUUGAAUUAACGGAGAGUACCAUAAAAAUCGAUCCAGAUUCGGAAAACGGUUCUGGAUCAGACAAAAGUGAUCCAAUGGAAAUAGUAAGUAUAGGAGAUGCUGAAUCUUCUUCCAGCAAUAAGUCUGAUGAUGAUUUCGAUAACAAUUUACCAAAAACUGUUACCCUUUUGAAACACGAAAAGACUGGAGCUAAAGUUUAUCUUAUUGGUACAGCACAUUUUAGUAAAGAAUCACAGGAAGAUGUAGCAAAAGUUAUAACAAAUGUUCUUCCACAUAUAGUUGUAUUAGAAUUAUGUAGUUCGAGGACAAAUAUUUUAUCUCAAGAUGAGGAAACAAUUUUGGAAGAGGCCAAAAAUAUUGAUAUGCAAAAAAUUAUAUCUACAAUUAGGACCAAUGGGGCGUACAACGGUUUGAUGUAUUUACUAUUAUUAAAUUUGAGUGCGAAUCUUACAAAGGAAAUCGGAAUGGCUCCCGGUGGCGAAUUCAGAGUUGCUUAUAAGGAGGCCUCAAAGAUUCCUCACUGUAGAAUACAUUUAGGGGAUCGGCCGAUAAACAUUACCCUUCAAAGAGCCCUAGCAAGACUUACCUGGUUCCAAACUAUAAAACUAGCAUGGCAUCUACUCACGUCGAAAGAUCCUGUUAGUGUAGAAGAAAUUGAAAAAUGUAAAGAAAAAGACAUGCUAGAGCAAUUAUUAACAGAUUUGUCAGGAGAAUAUCCAGCGUUUAGGGAAGUUUUUCUUGAUGAGAGGGACAUUUUUUUAACGAAUUCUCUACAACAGGCAGCUGAAUCAAGAAUGAAGUCACCGGCAGAUAGUUAUUUCGAGCCGGAGCCUCUUCGUAUCGUAGGAGUAGUCGGUAUUGGACACGCAGCAGGAAUAACCAAACUUUGGCCACAUAGUCAAGAAGAAUACGUGGCUCCCAUAAUCAAAAUUCCACCACCAUCUCUAACGUCCAAAGUCAUUCGACAAACUUACAAAAUUUCAGUUCUAGUUUUGGGAGGUUAUCUUAUAUAUAAGUAUGUUCCAGUACCGAAAUUUUUAAAAGAGAAUGCUCAUGUUUUUGCUCAAAAAGUUUUAACUAGUAUAAGAGCUGAAAAUACCUUUAGGUUAAGUUUAAACUGAGGUUGUUGUAGUUCAUUACCAAAUCAUAUUACGAAAUUAAAAUAAACAAUUCAUUUAUGAAGGUUCCUGUUAUUGCUUUUUGAUCUGCGACAAAUUUUUGAUAUUGUUCCCGAUAAAUGCUAAUACAAUAAACUACCGAUGUAUAAAGUCAUUGAUUAUUUAGUUUUGUAAAAAGUGUAAAUUUUUCAUGAGGAUAAUUUACCGUUGUUUUGGUCUAUAUAGAGCUUAUUUUCUAAAUAAAAUAUGUUUAUAUUUA